AUGAAUUCCACAAGUGUCAUAUCUGGCAUGCUCCUGCCCCAGGUCAUCCUCGAAGCCUUUAUUCCUGGCUAUGGCUGGCUUCCUCAUCUUCUUACCUCCUAUUUUGAUAUCGAUAAAUCACCGUAUAUGUUUGCAUCUAUAGCUUUUUGCUUGUACGCUCUACCAGUGUUCUGGGAACGUUUUCAGUCGUUGCUCCUGCGUCUUGCCGAGUCAGUUGAGAUUCCGUACCACGACGAAUUGUACGAUCAAGUCAUUCGCUGGAUUUCGAGCCAUCCUGGCUUGACUCAAACUAAACGGUCCACUGCCGUUACAAGAUUGGAUAUCGCCCCAUCUUGGAACACAAACAAAAACAAAAAGUCUUUUUCCGAUGAAGAUAAUACGAAGCUGGAAAAGAAUCCGCGAGAGUUCUGGAUGGAGCAAAAGCUUCGAGAUAAGUUAGGUCUAAUCCACUUCACACCUGCGGCUUUCCAGACCAGUGUCUUCAAAUAUAACGGACGCUUGUUCGCCUUUAGUCGCCAACCAGAAAAAGAUGCCUUCGGUUCAUGGGCUGCGAGAAGGGAAAAGCUGCAUUUUUAUGCAGCCCCGUGGAAUAAACAGGCUCUCAGAGACUUUCUCGCUGACAUCCAAAAAACUGUUGCUGAAAAGGAUAACGAUAGUCUGGUGAUAAGGCGAGCUUUCAAAUAUGGGUCCGAUUUCCGAUGGGCAGCUGCUCUUUCCAAGCAACCGCGACGGCUAUCAACAAUUGCGUUGGAUCACAACCUGAAGAAUCAGAUUAUCAGUGACAUUCAAGAUCACCUCCUCCCUCGUACCCGGAAAUGGCACCAGUUGAGAGACUUCCCAUAUCGACGGGGUUAUCUUUUCUAUGGCCCUCCCGGCACAGGAAAAUCAAGCUUCUGCCUCGCUAUUGCUAGUCUGGUUCAACUUGAUAUUUACGUUAUAGACCUUACUAUGAAUGGUCUUGAUGAGAACACUUUGACUCUUUUGUUUCAAUCUCUUCCGGAGAGGUGUAUUGUUCUUUUCGAAGAUGUGGAUCAGGCCGGCAUCCAGAAAAGGAAGUCCGAGAAGCCUUUGCUGGAAAUACCGGAAGAGAUGAAUGGCAAAGAACAUAUUGUUGCCGAGGCUCCUGGCCGCUCGAAUAGUAUUACGCUUGCUGGAUUUCUCAAUCUCCUCGAUGGUGUAUCUGCACAGGAGGGUCGUAUUUUAGUCAUGACCACCAAUCACAUCGACCAACUUGAUCCAGCUCUUUUACGCCCAGGGCGGGUGGAUAUGAAAGUCUUCUUUGGCUGUGCUCAACGGUUCGCCAUAGCAGAACUAUUUCUUCUCGUGUACUCGGAGCCUACGGAUGGACUUUUCAUGGCAAAGCAAAUGCCGAAAGGCUUCGUCUAUCCAUUGAGCCUACCAGCUUCUCCAGCCUGGACCGAAAGUGAAAUCGCUGAUUUGUCUACGGCAUUCACAGACAAGGUUCCUCCAAAUCGGUAUACUGCGGCAGAGAUUCAAAAUUUUCUUUUACAGUAUAGAUACGAUCCAUGGCUAGCACUGUCAGAUGUAUCAGAAUGGACAUAUGGGCACCUCCGUCUUGGUUUGCAUGAAAGUCUUUACAACUUAGAGACUUCGUGUGGUCGAUUUAAGAUUGACGGCACUUACUAUCAACUCAAUAUAAGUGCCCUCAUAUUUUUAUGGUCGCACCACGAAGCGACUAGUUGCCUUCAACCUCGCGUUCUUCUUCUUCAGCAUAUUGUUGCUGAGAAUGUGCCCAAGAUUUGGACGGCACCUAUAGAUACGGUCAGUAGAGAAGAUGCGAGCUUGCAAGCUGCUCUUGAGCGACUGGUUGUUGCCCAGACUGGCCUGCAACUGUCAAAGACUGUUUACGAUCUUCCUCUUCGAUGGUGUACGGACCAACUUGACUUUCCCUUCAUUAUUCAUACUUCUCCGCAAGAGCCAGGGUGGGAGGAUGAGAUAGUGAUCAACCGGGAAAUGCAUCACGGAUAUAAAUGGGUGACAGAGGACAAUUUGAGAAAUGGAGAGUACUGCUGCCCCCAUGAAGAGAAGAGCACGAUACUAAAGGCAUUCUCAAUUGUCAGGGAGAAACAUUGGGAUUUGUUCUGA